AUGUCGUUGAUCAAGUCCACCGAAUUGGCACCAACUCGUAAUGCUAUUACCACUAAUGCACUUGUAAUGCCAUUACCAUUACAGCAGAACCAACCACUGAACAUAAUCACCGAGGCUCCCAGUUCUGCCAACACCAACUGCCAACCUCCCAAAACUACCAACAGCAUCAGCCAACUUCCCAACCUUACCAACAUGAAGCCCAGAGUCUCACUCCAGCCAAAAGCAUCUGCCAACCCGGACACCACCAGCCAGGAGUUUAUGCCACCCUCCAUCCAGCUAACACCAGCCUUCCCUCCACGCCAGCCAACAGCACCGCCAACCUGCCAACCCUGCCAACACCAACUGCCAACCUCCCAACCCAGGAAAUACCAGUACCUUCCAACACCAGUCAUUCUUAUCUGCCAGCCUCCCAACCCAGCCAACAGCGUCUGCCAACCUCCCAACCGCCAGCCACCCACCGCAGCCAACAGCAGCAGCCGGCAUUCCAACGGCAUCCAAUAA